AUGAGCCAAUUUGUGUUCAACGGCACCAGUCGCAUGCGCCACAUGAAGCUGGCGCGAGACCAUCACAAGACACGGAAUAGUAUCAUCGAAGACGCACAGCGACUGCGCCUUCAGAGAGAGGAGGAGGCGCAGCGCGUACGCGCCGCCCGGCUGCUGCAACGCACAAUUCGUCAGUGGCUUGCUUGUCAGGCGAUGGUGCGUCUGGUGUUGAGUGACUUGGAUAACUUACCAUCUGAUGUGACACGGAUUCUACUGUCGACAUCUUCUGACGGUAUUUCUUCCGCUGUGGACAGGCCUGAGGCGGAGAGGCAGACAAAGCAGCUCACGGCACGUCUACACACGGCUUGCUGGUGUCUCUCGUAUGCGCGCAGUCACCAGUCGCGGAUUCCGCUGCGCCUCACUGUGUCUUCCGCAUGUGCGUCAAAUGAUGACUGCCGCGCAGAAACGCCUGUGGGUGAUGCCAGCUCAGGAGCAUCUGGGGCGACUGGCCAAGGCGCAGCCACCGCGGCCCACCCGGGUGUCGCUCUUUCCUCUACUCGUAUAUUCUCUGUGGCGUCCUUCGGAGAGUUGCGCGCGUACCAGCAGAGGGUUUUCUGGCACUACAGUGAGUGUCUUUACACAGCUCUCUGCAAGAGCAUUAACCACCGCACUGGAGGUGAGGAAAGUGCGGAGGAGGACGGCAUCGCAUUGCACGCCGAUGCCUCAGUAGAGGCAUCCGCAGAUAACCGGUCAGCCGACCCGCCGUCGCUGUCGUGGUCUUCUGUCGUUUUUUUGCCCACCAAAGAUGUAAUCGUUCUCCUCUGCGUGGUACUGCAGCAUUUUUUGCGGGCGGCGCCAUCGGCGACUGGAAGUCGCUCGCCACCGCCCAGUAGCGCAUCGUCAGUAAAGAGACUGGUGAGGUCUGUCGUAGCUGCCCUUGUCGAACACAACACUGCGUUUGCACGCACUCUCAACGAGGAGCUGGCACCGCGCAGCAGCGACGGCUGCCUUGAGAAGGUGGCGACGUCUUUUGAUCAGUGGCCGGCUGUCCACGCCUUGACUGUAGCGCUCAGCUUUCUAUGCCAGGAGGCGGUAGCGCAUUCGGUGGGUAUGCGCUCGCAGUGCAGGGAGCUACUGCAGCCGCUUGCCGCUGCGUUUCCACCUCUUUCUCAGGCUGAAGCCGGCGGGCACAGCCCACCGUCGCCGCCUAUGGGCGCCUUUGCGCGGGUGUGCUGGCAGUGUAUGUGUGCUCCCUACGCGGGAGAGGAGUCCCAAAGACUCACCUCCAACUCUUUGGCGGUACUGCUCAGUGCUGCCGAUACAGCUGCGGAGGGGUUCGAGCGAAGUGGCUGCGGUGAGGUGGACACGUGCUUUACGAUGCUUGUGGCGGAGUGCUACAGACGUACUGCUAUGGACACGGAGGUGACGGCCGACGAUGGCGCAAGUGGUCUGCGAGGUGGGGAGCUGCGUGCUCGUGUACUCGGGCGGCUUGUGCGGUUGCUGCCGCGCGUCCACAAGCUUGUGGAGACAACAUCAUCGUCUGCAGCAGCUGUGUCACCGUCGUCCGUAGCGGCCCGCACGGAUCUGGUGAAGUGGUACUUACUCAGUGUCAGUUGCCUGAGCGAGCGGCUGUGCCGCGAGGAUUUCUUUGUCGAGGGCAUUCUGGCAGAUCACUACGCCUACCACACCGGUCGGCGGCAGCAGCGACUCUUGGUAGACAGGAAGGACGAUGACGUGAGCGUAGAUGCAUCGUCACCCAGUCAAUACCGCCUGCUCACCUCGUACCUGUUCAGCGCAGAGGGUGGGCUGCAGUUGCUUCAGUUGCUCACUGAGCAGGAUGAGCGGUCUGAGAAACUGCGACUGCAGGCACCGCAGGAGCCCACUGUGGAGGCCCCCACCGACCCCGCCGCUCCACCGAUGGCGGACGGCGGCAACGAGGAGAGCGACUCGGCAGCGGCUGCAUCCAUAGCGAAUACGGCGUCCCUCAUGGAUGCCGGUGUUUCUGCUGCUGCUCAGUGGCCAUCCUCUGCUUCGAUGCAGCAGAGCCCACUGGAGAUUCUGUGCAAUGUGUUUGCGUGGCCCAUCUUUACCUUCUCGAAGCCGAUGUACAGUCGCUAUCAGCAGGAGACGCUGGCGCUGUACGCGAAGCUGGUGCGUACCCCACAGCUGUUGCGUCGCCUGUGGAGUCUGUACUGGCAGAGCUGCGAGGGGCUGCGGGCUGUACUGCCUCCCGGCGAGGUUUUGCAGAGGUUGUGCCAGCCACCGGCGUGGGGUGCGCAGGAGCGGGAGGAGCAGGCAAUUGCUGCUGGCCAGGAGUGGGGUAGACGCCGCCGCGUGCCUGCGGGUGUCCACUCGGCGCCUUCCCUCAUGCCCCUCCCGCGGCUGCCAGCGUGGGAGACGCACCCGCGCUACCCUCUCGCCUUCUACGACCCUCACGCGUCGCUCUCCAUCUUUUUCUUCACCCUACUCGCAUACUACGUAAACGUGUUCGACUUCCCCGAUGAGCUUCGCCGCGGUGGCGAGGGGGCCGUGCUGUCUACAGAGGAGUCAUGGGCGCUGGUGCUCGCGCUGAAGGAAAUUGUGCACCGGUCACACAUGUACGGCGUCGUACCGAACUCCAACAGCGAGGCUGUCGCACACGCGGCUUGUCUGUUGCUCUCCCGUCUACACACGGUUGACGAGGCGGAUCCGUUUGUGCCCGCCGCGGCCGCCGGCCUGUGGAUGUCUGUUGGUGCCGUCGCUGCCGAGGCGUCGGUGGGUUUACUGUUUCGCACUUGGGAUGCGGCAAGUGCUGCUGUGGUGAAUGAGGAGGAUACCGCAGAGGCAGAGGGGCCGGGGCUUGACGGCGCCAGCGUCGGGACCGGGGGAAGAAGCGUUGUGGGUGGCCUAGCGUCGAGCACCACCGCCGGUACCACGACCACCUCGAUCGCCCACGUGCGUCUUCCUGGCGACGACGUCACCUUUCACGGUAGUGCGCAGUGGAAGCAGCAGAUUCGGUACACAAAACUGCUCGUGCACACACCGUUCCUGUUCCCCUUUGCAGCUCGUGCACUGCUACUCUCGGCGCUGCUCGUGGAGACGGAUCAUCACUGGAUCCCGCCGAGUGAGCGGCGGGUGGUGGUGCAGCGUGGACGCACCUUCAUCGACGCCUUCAACCUUUUCCACGACAACCCGCUCAGCAACGACAUGCUCAACAUUCGCUUCAUCGCCGAUGACGGCAUGCUCGAGCCUGGCUACGGCCGCGGUGUGUACCGGGAGUGCAUUGUGUCACUCUGCAAGGAGGGGUUUGCCGCCGAGUACGGUUUGUUUCGCCAGACCCCAGACGGCUAUGUGUACCCGAACUCCUUCAGCGCCUUGGCGACGAGUGACCCGCAGCACCUUCUGAAAAUUCGCUUCUUGGGGGCAAUGGUGGGCCGUGCGCUGCGCGACGGUGUGCUGCAAGACGUGCCAUUCGCCCUUCACUUUCGCAACGCUAUCUUGGGACGCCGCAACACUCUCAGCAACCUCAAGAGAUUUGAUGCGGAGCUCUAUCACCAGCUCAUGUCCCUCACGCAGCUUAGUGAGGACGAGCUGAAGGCGGUUGGACUAACCUUUGUCUACACAGUGAACGCGCUGGGCAUCACAAGAGAGGUCGAGCUGGUGCCUGACGGGGCCCAGAUGGACGUGACCCCGCGCAACUGUCUCUUCUACGUGCAUCUCGUCGCCGACUUUAAGCUCAACCGCGAGGCCGCCGAGCAGACGUGCGCAUUUUGUUCCGGUCUUCGCUCUGUAAUUGACGCGAAUCGCCUUCGCUUGUUCGACAGUAACGAGGUGGGCAUGCUCUUCGGUGGCGAUGAAACGGGGGAGAUCGACUUGGUGGACUGGAAGGAGAACACAGUGUACGACCAGCCGGAGGAUGUGGACACACCGCAGGUGCGGUUGUUCUGGGAUGUCGUGGAGUCUCUCACCCGCGAGCAGCAGCGACAGCUGCUGAAGUUUGCGACGUCCAUGACGCGGCCUCCGAUACUCGGCUUUCGUUUCCUGGCGCCCCCCUUCAAGGUUCAGCUGCUGGCAAUGAACGCGUCCGGGCCUGAUCAUCUUCCCUCAGCGGCAACGUGUUUCUCUACCUUAAAGCUGCCGCCGUACCGUGACUAUGCGACUGCUCGAGCAAAGAUUAUCGCUGCUAUUGAGGAAACUGGCACCUUCGAGUUCAGUUGA